GUAAAAACUUAGUUUGAAAGCACAUUACAGCUUCGAAAUCCACUGUUGAGAUAUUAAUGGAGAUACAAAUCCUGAAACUCUUACGGUUUACGUUAACCACAUACCUUAUUUUCAGCAGAAAACGAAAUCCAUUUGUGGAGAAAGCAUUGGAAUCUCGACGGCUCAAAAACGCAAACUUAUUUCCGGGUAUUAGGAAUACAAACUUGUAUUGGGAUAUCUCAGAACUGGCAGUAAAAUACGAAAAUGUGUGAAUGCAGUAAGAAAAAUGGCUUCGACGGCUAGGAACUUGCCAACCGUUCAAGUUAACAAAACCGUAUUAUUUUUCCCCCUGUAUUUUAAUUUUAUACACGCCAUUUUGAGUUUCACAAUUGAAUGUACAACGGUUGAUAAACACUUCCCAAGUCGAAGCAAUGGAAAGUCUUUCGCCUUAUAUGACGUGUACGCGGUAAUCAGAUAGCCUGGCUGCUCCUGCAAUCCUUCUGUCCUAUUUGAGGCUAUUGCAUAGAUAAGCAAUAUAGCAGGUUAAGUGCAAAUAAGUGAUUUGAAAUAAAAUUCAGUUCAGUCAAAUUAAUUAAAACGUGAACAGUCCUUCUUCUGGUCAAUCAGCAGUAGCCUAAUUUAGUCUCCACUUAGGGCUGCUCUUCAACAAUAUGUUUAGGCACUGUUAGCUGGUAUGAAGCCAACAGCUAAUCUCACCCCUCAGCCCGAAAAAGAAAGGCAAGGGUGAGAAUGGAGAGGUGGAAGGGGGGAGAAAGAAGGGGGACAUGGAAAAGAAGAGAGUGGAGGAGAAGGGUGAUAUAAAAAGGGAGAGGGAAAAGGUGGAGGGUGAGGCUGACCCAAAAAAAGAGGAGAUUGAGAUAGAGGAUAAAAAAGGAGGAUGCAGGGAGAGUGACAGGGGGGGCCAGGGAAGGUGAAGAGGGGGAAUAAGGAAGAAGAGAGAAAGCGGCUCAGGAAAAUCUGGAAGAUAGAGAUGAAGAGGAGGAUGGCUUUGAAAAAGCAGAGCGAGGAAGUGAGAAGAUGAGAAGAGAAAAAGCAAUGAGGAUGAGGAGGAGCUCAGGAAGAAAACAAAGAAUACUGCAGAGGGGAAAGACCCGGGUCUAAAGAAGCAUUUGAUGAAAAUUAAGAACCAAAAAGAAGCAAAGCAAAAAGAGCUAAAAGAGGCGGAGCUUCAGAAGAUUGCUAAGAAAGGGCCCAAAGAGGCAGAGCUGCAGAGCAAGAUCGCUAAGGCCUCAUCAAAAACUAAGAAGAGAAAAAGCAAUGAGGAUGAGGACCUGCUUGAGAAGAAAACAAAGGACACUGAAGAGGAGAAAGACCCAGGUUUAAAAAAGAAUUUGGUGAAAAUUAAGAAGCAAAAAGAAGUAAAACGAAAAGAGCCAAAAGAGGCGGACCUUCAGAAGGAGAUCGCUAAUAAAGAGCCAAAACAGGUGGAGCUUCUGAAGGAAGUCAUUCAGCAGAAGAAAGAGGUGGGCAUACAGACUGAGAUGAUUAAUGCAGCAGAGAAAGAGGCGGAGCUUCAGGAGGAGAUUACUCAGAAUGAGCAAAAAGAGCUAAAGCUUCUGAAGGAGAUGAUAAAGAAGAAGAAAAAUGAGUUGGACAUUCUGCAGACAAUGAUUAAGGAGAGAAAAGAGGCGGGCCUUCAGAAGGAGGUUAUUAAGAAGAAAAAGAGGCGGGGUUUCAGGAGGAGGUGAUUAAGAAAGCACAAAAAGAGGCGGGGCUUCAGGAAGAAGUGAUUAAGAAAGCACAAAAAGAGGCAGGGCUUCAGGAGGAAGUGAUUAAGAAAGCACAAAAAGAGGCGGGGCUUCCGGAGGAAGUGAUUAAGAAAGCACAAAAAGAGGCGGGGCUGAAUAAGAUGAAGAAGAAAAAAGAGGAGAGGCUUUUCAAGAUUAUUCAGGAGAAAAAAAGAGGCUGAGCUUCAGAAUGAGAUUAUGAAUAUGAAGCCAAAAGGGACAAAAACAAAGAAGAGAAGAACGAGCGAGGUCCUGCAAGAGGCGCUUAAGGAGGAGAAAAGGAUGACUCCACCAGGAGAAGGAGAUCUGAAGGAGAAAUGGAUACUCAUGGAAGAGGGCAACAAGUUUGCUGAUGACAUGAAGCAGAAGCAGAAGGAAGACACCAGACUGCCUGCUGUCUUGGAAAAAGAAGCCCGGACAGGACAGUAAACCCAUGAGACCUAUUAAGAUUAUGAAGGAACAAGAGGGAAACCAGCAAUGGAGAUGGUACAGAGGAAGGUACAAAUGGAAGUUCCUUGAACACAGGGGACCGCUGUGUUCAUCGCAGAAUGCCAGCCCCUUCCCGAUGGUGUCAGUUUCUACUGUUUCUCCAGUUUCUGGUGAGCACGGAGACGUAGCUAGAAACCACUUGACUUUGCAUGUUACUUUUAAAAAUGUCUAGGGAAAGAUGAGUGUGUGUUGUUACCUGAGAAAAUGUGUGUGUGUGUGUGUGUGUGUGUGUGUGUGUGUGUGUGUGUGUGUGUGUGUGUGUGUGUGUGUGUUAUGUGAUGUGUGUGUGUGUGUGUGUGUGUGUGUGUGUGUGUGUGUGUGUGUAUGUGU